AUUCUAUCUUGGUGUAAGGCAGUGCGCAAGCCGCUGAAAGUAUAUGAUUCUGGAGGGUUCCAUCGUUACAUAUUUUAUCGCGUAUUCUAUUGAAACUCCGAAAAGCCGAAUCUGUUUGCAGUUGGAUAUUUUAUUACUAGACCCGUAAAUCAGCAGUGUAAGCAUAAUGGCUGUCAAUGUAUAUUCGACGAAUGUUACGACAGAUAACCUUUCGCGGCACGAUAUGCUAUCGUGGGUAAACGACUGUCUGCGUUCGCAAUUCACCAAAAUCGAGGAACUAUGUACCGGAGCUGCUUACUGCCAAUACAUGGACAUGCUGUUUCCAGGAUCUGUGCCAAUGAAGCGAGUGAAAUUUCGCACCAAUCUUGAGCACGAGUAUAUCCAGAACUUUAAAAUCCUACAGGCUGCGUUCAAAAAAAUGGCCGUUGACAAGAUCAUACCAAUCGAUAAGCUAAUAAAAGGUCGCUUCCAAGAUAAUUUUGAGUUUUUGCAAUGGUUUAAAAAAUUUUUCGAUGCCAACUAUGAUGGUCGUGAAUAUGAUGCGAUGCUCGCGCGUGAUAACCUGCCGAUGGGUAUGGGUUCAGGCGCCUGUGCUUCUAAAGGCAACGGUGUUUCGGGUGUUACAGCGCCCCGGAAAAUGCCCAUCGUCGCAGCUGCGCAACGUGAUAGAAUAAAGCCGAUGUCCAAAGUUGCACCCACCCGACAGAUGGUUCAGAGUCCACCCGCUCGAAUUAGCAGUGGCGUCAAUGUGAACACCAGCAAAUCAUCCUCGCAAAACAGUGUAACAAAUCAACAGAUCGAAGAACUGACCUCACAAGUAACGGAUAUGCGAUUAAACUUUGAGGGAUUGGAGAAGGAGCGUGAUUUCUAUUUCAGCAAGCUACGCGAUAUUGAAAUUUUGUGCCAGGACGAUGAACAGAGCCAGAGUCCGUUCGUUCAAAAAAUUUUGGAAAUUCUAUAUGCAACAGAAGACGGUUUUGCACCGCCAGAUGAAAUUCCGCCAGAGGAAGAGGAAUACUAGGCUGUGUCGUACAUCAGCGAAUACUGCGACUGAAGAAAUUUUACCACAAAUUAAUGCAGCCGCGGCCAGGACAUGAUACCACGUCACACUGAAUGCCAAGCACUAACGUCAACGAGAACAAGAAACACUUGAUAAAUACUAAUUAUUAACAUUGUUUACUCUCCACUGGUUUUCACAAAAAAAAGAAAAAUCUUUGCGCCUAUCAAUGUCCUGAGAUGAGAUUAUGCAUAAACAAGUAAUUAAUCACUUUUCUUUGUUCUUUUUUAAAGAAAAUUCUUCUAUGAAUUAUAUUAAUCUUCAUUUGAAUCGUAAUUCGAUUCCCUGCUAGGUACUGUACUAUUUCAUAAUAGAAAAAGCCCUCCAUAGAUUGUAAUUAUUUUCUUCGUCUGCAUAUCACAAAUUCUUGCACGCCACGUAAAUUGGAAUCAUGACAGUCGUUAUUUUGGGAAGCGUUUUUUGGCUUAUCUAAUGUGAGGUUGAUUUCGAAAUAUAACGAAGGGUUAUCUACAUCAUUACGUACAUAAUAAACAAAGCAAAAAAUAAAAAUGUUUGUAAUAUGUCAGCUACCAAUUACUUAACUUCGUACUUUAAUAUUAAGUUACAAAAUAGUGGAAGUGAUUUGUGUUAUUUGCCUAACUAUUUUAGGCUACCCAGCGAGUCGAGGAGCCAGCGGACACACUGGAUAAAAACUGUCUAGAUGUUGCAGGUUCGUGGAUUUUGUAAAGAAAAUGAACAGUAUCAUUGAUAUAAUGUGUUGGUAGUAUUCGAAUAUAAGACACAGGCAACUUUGAUUUCCAUGACAGCUGUGUCCUCGAACUACUGCUACUACUGUAUCUAUAGAGCUGAUAGAACGUACACGCAUUAAUUCGAGCAGUAAUCAGCAAGAAGUACUUAGGUACGCAACCUAGUGGUUGCUACCCUAUACACACUUAAUAAACUUGAUAU